AUGUAUAGGAAAGAGUUUAGCGUAGUUUACAAGAUCGUGAGCUGCAUUACUGUUGGAGCUUGUGAACAACAGAGUGUAGUUUACAAGAUCGUGAGCUGCAUUACUGUUGGAGCUUGUGAACAACAGAGUGUAGUUUACAAGAUCGUGAGCUGCAUUACUGUUAGAGCUUGUGAACAACAGAGCGUAGUUUACAAGAUCGUGAGCUGCAUUACUGUUGGAGCUUGUGAACAACAGAGUGUAGUUUACAAGAUCGUGAGCUGCAUUACUGUUGGAGCUUGUGAACAACAGAGUGUAGUUUACAAGAUCGUGAGCUGCAUUACUGUUGGAGCUUGUGAACAACAGAGUGUAGUUUACAAGAUCGUGAGCUGCGUUAUUAUUAAGUUGAAAACUUUGUACAAAUGUAACGAGUGCUCCUUUACUACUCUUCGUUUGAGCCACCUGCGACGACACGAGAUAGCUCACAGCAGUACAAUACAUAAAUGUAGCCAGUGUACCUAUCAGACUGAUGAACUGAAGCUACUUCUUAGACACUGUAGGCUUAGGCACUGCACAGUUAGCCAGAAGAGAAAAACAGCACAGGUUUUGCAUUGUCCUCAUUGCUCGUACCGAACAAACUUUCCUCACAGAUACGAACGACAUGUUAAAACGCACGUUUCUCAGUCCAGCCACAAGUGUGAACACUGCUGUUACAGAACCUGGAGGAAAGAACAUCUUGUACGUCACGUGAGUAACGUUCACUCUCACAAUAGGCCAUAUCUGUGUGAUCUCUGUGGUAAAGCCUUCAAGCGUGGGGAUGCUUUGCGACAACAUCGCUUGACUCACGACACUCAGGAGACAAGAGCUAACUUCCAUUUUAGGUGUUCCAGUUGUGACAAGAGUUUUCGUACGCAGUCCCACUUGUACGAGCAUCAAGCGGUGCACACAAAUGUCCGUACCUUUCUGUGUGAAAUCUGCGGUGCAUCUUUCAAAACUAGAUCGGUGCAGAGAAAACAUGUACAAACAAUUCAUAAAAAUCCUCGUGCAUAUUCCUGCGAUAUUUGUGGGAAAAAAUUCAAUACUCAGUACACUCUGAAUCGACAUCAAAAGGUUCAUAAUACUGGGAAAGAUGGUAAGUCUGGCAUUCAAAAUGUUGAGCAGCCUAAAACUAACGAGUGUGAAGAUUCUACGGUAGUAACCUUGAGCACAGCGCUACCAUUUCAGUUGGAAGAGCUACAGACUAUUUCGAUGGAACAAUUUUCAACUACAGGAGUAGAAACCGUCACUGUGACGGCUCAAGAGGUUGUCCAGCAAGGAACACAUGCCAUCUUACAGAUGCCUGAAACAACAUUGUUGUAUCUGACUAAUGCCUGUUCUUUACCACAAAUGUGUAAUACUCAAGAUGGAGGGUUGUAAAGUGACUACUAAAAAGAAAACAAUCUCAAUCAUAAACAACUUGAUACUUUAUUUUUCCCAGCAUUUAUUUUUACAUGGUUUAGCAGCUGUUGUAAAAUGUGUAUGUACAGAAAUUGGACAGGUGAUCUAGGUGAAUGUCCAUAACUUGAUAAUUAGGUAGGAUCGAAUAAUAUGUAAACUUAAAAAGUACAAAACUGGAGAAAAUUUUAAAUGAAAAAGCAGAUAUAAAUAUUAAAAUGAGAGUAAUAUCUGAGAAAUAACCUCCAGUUUCUUCUUUGGGGCAGACGUUCACUUUUAUGAUUGGGGUAACUUGAAUACACGUUGUAAGGUCAUAUAUAAUAGUCUUAAUUUACCCAUACUUUCUAACAUGACCAGAGUAUAAAUCUGCCAUGUGAGAAUUUCAUGCAUUGCUCUUAGAAACAGAAACAGACAGUUGAAUAUGUUACCUCAUUGCUGCCAUUUAGUAAAAUUGAUUUAACAGCAGUCUUGUCGAUCUUAAAUUUUCAGAUUAUGAUGUGCAUCUGCAACAUUUCCUAGCUAUAAAAAUGAGUGAUUUGUGGGUAACCUUGCACAUCUGUGAUUGUUUACGAGGUGUUCCCAUCAAUUUUUCUUGUCCAUAACGUUAAGAUUAUUACAAAAUAAACAACUUAUUUUUCUUUUCAUGUACUGGUUGAAAACAAAUAAGGAACCAUCACAGCCACAAGUACUUCUAGUCCAAUGAAUGAUGAAAAGAUGAUAUUAAAAUUACUAAAUUCAUAAAGUCUUGCCAAGCUUAGUAAGCUCUGUAUGUAAAUAUUUAUAGAUCACAUCCUGAAUAGAACUACUUAUCUAACACCCUUUCAAUCUUCUAGGCUCUGAAAAUCUGAUUUUAAGUUUUAUAACAUCAAAUAUUUCAAAUUGUGAUCCAACUUUUGUUUUUUCUGCAUAUUGCUUUGUUUAUUUACUGACACAGACAUGAUCAGCUACUUGUUUGUAAUAACUUCUUUUUACAAGCUAGGGGUAUCUUGUUAGUUAUAUUGUAAAGAUUUCUAUAUGUUUGGAUGUUUGUAACAAUAUAAACCUAUCAGCUAAGUGAUGUGUUGAUUGGUAAAUGGUUCAUUCAUUGAACCUUUAUAUCUAUCUCUUUUUUUGGCCCCCCAGUGGUAUGUCUGUAUACUUACAAUGCUAGAAACUGGGUUUCAAUACCUGUGGGGGGCAGAGCACAGAUAGCCCUUUGUGUAGCUUUGUGCUUAACUACAAUCUAUCUCUUUAAAUUUGAAAACCUGACUUAGAUUUUGUUCAUAUUUUCAACACUUUCUAUAGGAAUAGUGCUUUCAAUUCAAAUUAAAAUCGUGGCAGGAAUUUAGGUUUAAAAAUCUUUAAGGUCUCAGAAUUAAUUUCUGGGGCCUGAAAGACAACUUGGGGUGGUCAGAAACCUUUGUUUCUCUUCACCCCGCACGUUGGGAGAUUAGAUGCCAAACAAAUUUCUUUGGAGCCACAGGGCUAAGUUUAGAUUUUAGCAUGUAGAGAGAAAUUUAGAUGGGCAAGUGGAGUUAAGGAAGAUGCCGAAACGAGCACGCCGGGAAUGCCGUGGAGUGACCAUCGUUUUGAAGUUGGUGUGGAACACCUGUGAUUGUAUAUCUACGUGGCGAUGAUGUCAGUUGAAUAGAGCAGUCAUUGUCAUGAAAGGAGCAGGGAGAUCCAGACUGAGUGAAUGCAAUUUUGUUUUGAUAGAUUGCAUAGUAGAAAUUUGAUUAAAGUUAGGGGGAUUUUAUAGAAUUUUGAUAAUAAACUCUGACUAGUUAAUAAUGGUAGUUAGUCUUAUGGACUUACUAGAUUAACAGCCCUUUUCAGGGGGGGGGGAUAAAUACUUAUUCAAAGGAAAUAUACUUUCCGGUACAGGGAAUCAAACCCAAAAGAUAUUAUUCUGCAAGGCACUGGUGGAACUAUAUAGCUGAAAAGCAUUAAAUGUAUAUUUACAAAUGAAAGAGUUGUCAAAAUAGACUUGACAAAUUAUUUUUCUUGUUUUUUUAACAAAUCUUUGUAUUUCUAAAGUUUUUGUCUCAGUAUCAUUUCAAUGGCUUGCGUGCUGAUUAUGGGAUACCAUUAUAUAACGAGUUAUUUAAUUAUCUAGAAAAAAUUAAUUAUAUACAACUUUAAUUAUUAAGGCCCAGUUUACAUGUAGCUUCUAAUCAUAUCAAUUUAGAUGUACUUAUAGUAUAAAUGGAAAAGUGUGUAAUACAGAUUUUUUUCCAAUUUUUUGUCAAGGCUUGAAAUAUUAACAUGACACAUUGACUUGUUGCUUCGUACAUUUCUAAUUGUCAACUAUAUGAUGUGUAUUUUGACCGAGCUAAUAAUUCUCUGGAAUAUUGCAUGCAAAUGUGUUUAUUUUGUUAAAGAGAUGUAAUGGAAACUGUUUUUGCAGAGAAGAAAAUGCUGUAUUAUUCAUAUUGAAGAUAAAAAAACUGGUUGGUAGAUGACAAACAGUAGAGAACAGAUUGAUACUGUAUGAUACUAAUACUUUAAUUAACAUUUCUUGUUGCAUUUCCAGCUGAAAUUUUAGAAAAGAGAGAGGAAUAAUGUUAUUAUUGUAGCUACUUUUUAGUACAUCUCCUUCCAGUAAGUUUACAAACUUACAAUGCUCAAACCUGGGGCUCGAUUCCCCAUGGAUGGACAUAGUUUAGUUAGUACAAUGUGUAGAUUUGUAGUUAAACAAACAAAACCCACAACUCAUCGUAGGAUUGGAAAGGUUGGUUUAUGAGUGGAUUAUGCAUAGCUAGUUAAAAUACUUUGCCUGUUUAACAUAUAUUAAUUGUUGUUAAAUACAGAUUAUCGGUUAGGAUAUUGCGUGCUUUACUUUGUGUUUGAUAUCCAAGACAUUGGAGAUAUAAAAACAUGGAGUUUUAUGUAUGUAUGUUUAAAAAUAUACAUAUAUAUAUUUUUUUUUCAUACUGAUGAAAUGUUCUUCCUUUUGAUUAAAAGCAUUAUAGCAUUUAUUAUGUUUAGUUUUAAAAAAUUGUACCAUAGAUAUUUUGAUGUAUCAUUUUUUUAUAUUGUUCUCGGAUAGCUCAAGCUCUUUUUUGUUUCAGUUCUCAGAAAGCAUCCAACAAAUUCCAUGUUCCAUAAAAACCUGUCUCAUUCGUGUUAAACAAGUUUAGGAAUAUUUCAAAAUACAUCUGUUUAAAAGUAAAAACCAUUAAUGAAACCAACAACAGUCUCACAGGGAGAACAAAAACACUAUAGCUUUACUUAGUUUGUAAGGUUUAACUGGUGGUAUAUGCAAAAUAUACAGUUAUUAUGUUGCAUCAAACAUACUUUUGCACUUGUUGGGGGAAAAUAG